UUCUAGUUAAUUUUAUUCAUUUAAUUUGUAAAAAAAAAUUGUUCUAAACAAAUUUUAACCAUAAAAAAUUCACAUUAUCCGAUUAAUAUUUCGGUAAAUCGUGUGAUUUUUAUAAAAAUUUAAUAUUAAUAACAAAGAAACAGGUUUUACAGUUCACACCUGUAUUAAAAAUGUAGUUUUCUAAAAAUUUUAUGUUAGAGAAGGACAAGUGUUUUUGUAGUAUGUUCAUUUAUUUUCAAUACUUCAACAAUUCGACUAAUUUUUAGUUGUCAACCUGGCAUUUAUAUAAAAAAAAAAAUUAGUAGUAAAAUUUUCUAAAAUUCAAUUUUAUUGGAAUAUAUAAAAAAAUUCAUGAAAAAUUAUGUAUUAAAUUAUAUAACCAAAUUUAUCAUUUUGGCUUGAAUAUAAAACAAAUUAGUAAAAUAAUUUUUAAUUAGAAAAUAAUAAAAUUAAACAAAUAAAACAAAAAAAAAGUUAGGUGGAGACAGAAAACGAAAAAAUAUUCCACGUAAACGACUGAACUGUCUAAAUAUGUAUAUACAUAUGUAACUUAUAAACGUCACUAUAUACAGUGGCCUAAAAGGAGACAAAAAAGUUGCAAAUAAUUGUUUCUUAUAUAAAAUUUUUUUAAAGUGAUAAAGAAAUAAUUUAAAAAUAUAAAAAAGAAGUCACAUUUCAUAGGUUUUAAUUGAAUUUGAAAAAUUCUUUUAGACCACUUUUAAUAAAAAUUAUAACACUUAAUAAAUGCGAAAUUUAUUGCAAGAGAAAGGAAUCAAUAAAUCAAUAUGUGGAUGCCACAACAACAAGAAAAUAAGCAGCAGUAUCAGCAGUCUGCUAAUAUGGUACCCGUCAGCGAAGUUGGCUUAAAUACAUCUAAUUAUGUACAACAAGAGUGGCAGUCACAAUUACCGGUUAAUUAUGCUAAUUAUCAACAACAAACCAGACAACCUCAAGUGCAAACACCAUAUCAAACCAAUGCAAUGAAACCGCCUCAUAUGCAAACGCAAGGGAAUUGGCAAACACAACCUUUACAGGUUCCAACACCAUUACCACCACAAUAUGCUGAUUUUGUUCAACAGCCACAUCAGCCACAAAUAUCAAAUAAUCUAUUUAAAAAACAACAACAGGAAUCACAACAGCUACAGCAAUCGCAUUCGCAACAAUCUCAUCAACCGCAACAGCAACCUCUACCUCUUCAACAGUCACAGCAACAACAUCAACAGCAACAACAGCAGCAACAGCAGCCGCAGCAGCAACAUUUAAUAACAUCUCAAACAAGUACAUAUUUUCAACAACAACAACCUAUGCAAGUUCCAAUGUAUUCAAUGUCAUCAAUAAAGACUGAACAAAAUAAUAUUCUUUCUAUCAAUACUGAUCCAAUAAAUAGCUUUUCCAAUAAUUUUGCUGUAUCUUCUGAUCAGCAAACUCCAGGAAACAAUAAUACACCAAAAUUAGAAAGCUUUUUUGAAAAGGGCAAUAAAAAAGAUGGGGAUGGAGUUGAUGGAUGGGAUGAUUGGGAAUGGAACGAUUUGAAUAUACAGAAAGAAUCUACAGAAUCUACAUCGAAAAAUCAAACUUUCAAUAGCAACUUAUUGGAACAAUCCUUUAAUCAGCCACAAGAUCAGUUACAACAAAAUCAAUAUCGAAACACACAACAAGAUCAACCUCCUAGAUCUCAAAAUCAACAGGAGCAGCAAAAGAUAGCGCAAUCCCACAACAUUUGCAAUUCAAAUGAAAAUGAUGAUAAAAAUCAACAAAUACAAAAUUCACAAUCCAGACCAGUUUUAAGGGAUUUAAUAAAUGAUAAUUGGCAAUGGGGAUCUGAAGAUUCUAGAGAGCAUUUUGUCAAAAGCAAUGACAAUGUUGAUAACAAAAAUGAGGACGCAUUUACUAUUGAAGACAGCUUCAAAACGAAUAACAAUAAUAACUUUUAUGUUCCAACAUCAAAUCCACAACCACAAAUUGUUCAAGAAAAUAGCCAACCUCUCCAAGAAAAGCAAUCUGCUCAUCAACUACAACUAUUAAAACCUAAUAAUCAGUCCAAUCAACAACAACAGAAGCACACUAGUUCACAAAAUUUAGAAAAUGUUCAAAGUCCGCUUGGAAAUAAUCAAGUGUUCAUAUCACAAGCAAAACCAGUUUCUCAACCUCCAAAACAGUUUGCUAGUCCUCCUGGGCAAAAUCCUUCUCUAUUUGGUCAAAUGCAAGUUCCGGACAUAUCAAAAAUUCCACCGCCACAAAUGCCUUUGGAACAAACUAUGUGUCAGGAAGAAAGUACCGCAGAAAAUAAAAUGAUGCAAUUGCCUCCGCCACCUUUGAUGCAUCAAAGUCAAACAGCUUCUAAUCCGUUUAAACGAACAGGACCGGCCCAUCAUGGAAAAGCUGGUGCUUUACUACAAGCUUCAACAAAAUCUAAUAACUCAAUACAGCAACCAUCUGUUGGAACUCCUUUUUUCAGUCCACCGCCUCCGGAAGGUUUUCAAAAUUCUACACAACAAAAUUAUUCAUCAUUGCAAAAUCAAGAAAAUCAGGAAAUUAUUUCACCCGAAAAUUCUGAAAUUAUUAAUGAUGUUAAUGAAAACGUUGAAGCAACAAGUGAUAGAAAUCGUUAUAUGCAAAUAUCACACUUGUCUGAAGACGGUAGUGAAUUUCAUCACUCUAACCCACAGUCGCAACAGUCAGGAAGAAAAAAUGAAGAUCAAAGUAAUGAAAAUGAUGCAUUUCCACCACCAGGUCUUUCCAGACUUGUGUUAGGUCAACCUGAAACUGAAAACACAACCCUACCUCCUCCUCCUAUAUCAUCUAUUUCACAAAACACUUCUUCAAAUUAUAUUCCACCAGAUUUUGAUCGAAUGAUCCCAGGAACUGAGUUGGCUUCAUCUUCAACAUUAAAUUUGGAAAGGCAAGCUGAUGGUCAGGAUACAAUACCAUCUCCGAUUUCUGCUUUUACGAACGUCCAAGUGCAAAGUGCAGACAUUGAUGAUGAAAUAACAUCAGACAGAAAUCUCUAUCAAGUUCCUGGGAAAAGCGAGCACAACGAGCAUCAACAGUCUCAAAUUUUCGUUCAAACUGUACCACCAAAUAACGUAGCAUUGUCAAUGCCGCAACACCAAAAUGAAAGAGUUGUAACUGGCGUAGAAAAUAAUAAUUCAACCAAUCAGAUGAAUAACAAUCAGCGGGAGUUAGAACUAGAUGGGGAAAACUUGGAAGAUGAACAGCAAUUCCAUCAACAACAGCAAUUAAAUAGUGGGAAAGUUUUUGGUUCUAAUCAAAUAGACCUUGAGAUGCCAUCAUUGCGAGAUGAACCAAUAGAAGGUGCAAAUACUCAAGAUUUUAUUAAAAAAGCUGAUGUGAAUAAAUCUAACGAAGUUGAAUCUAACUCAACAAUGGGUAUAAAUGAGAAGGUAGUGCAAUCUUUGCCGUCUACAGCAAAUGAUGAAAGUGAUGAAAAAGGUGAGAGGUCAAAAAUAGGGCGUAGGAAUUCUCGUCAUUUAGAUGACAAGAGAUCAAAAAGAAGCAGUGAAAAUGAAGCUCAUAUGGAGUAUGAUCCAGUGGAGGACAAGAAAAAUGAUCGCUUCUUUAGUGAUGGAUCUGACAAUUCCAGUGAUAACAGAAACAAAAAACGUCCAUAUCGGGUCGAAAAUGCUAAAAAUACUCGUGAAAAAUACAAAGGAGGUAGAGGUGAACGGAAAGAAAAGCAAGGUAGUGGACUUUCUGCCAAAAAUCGUGAAGUUGGUAGAGAUUACCGUGUCCCGAAGAACGAACGAAGUGAUGAUGAGCGAAACGAUUUCGAACGCAAUCGUCGAAGAAAUAAUGAAAAACAACGAGAUCACCACGAGAGAGAUCGCGAUUUUAAAGAUAGAAAAUCUGAAAGGAAUCGCGACCGUGACCGUGAUAGAAAUCACGAGCGAGGUCAUAGGCAAAGGCGUUAUGAUAAUGAUUCUCGUUAUGAAACUGAAGGGUCACGUUACUAUCGUGGUGGUGAUAGCGAUCAAGAUUAUAUCUCAAGUAAUCGUCGAGACGAAAAGGAUCGCCGUUAUAAAAAAAGAGAUGAGAAGGAUGAUCGAAGAGAAUAUGGUACCAUUGAAAAUCGUAGAAGAGAUCGUAGGAGAGAUCGUGAUGAUCGAGAUGAAUAUAGUUUUGAGGAGAGAAAAGAUAAACAUCGUAGAAGUAAAAAGGAAAAAGGAAACCGAUCAGAUUACGAUGAUGAUUAUCGAAAAGGUAGCAGCAGUCGUAAUGCAAGCGAAAGGGAAAGAGAUGUUCGUAGUUCCGGACGUGAUAAGGAUCGUUAUUCACAAAUGUAUGGUGGUUAUUCAAAUGUGUAUGGUUAUGAUCCUUACACUUACUAUCAGCAACAACAACAAUAUUACGAGCAGCUGAGAAGAACUAAUCCUCAGGCCUAUAUGGAAUGGUACAAUAAGUACUUCUCCGAAAAUGGAGGUCAAUUACAUCCAGAUAUCUUAGGUGCAGUCGCCACUAGUACAAUGACUGUCGGAAGUGGGGCAGAUGGUAGAGAAUCUGUUCACUCAGGUAGAAGUUCUGCAAAUAAUGAAAAAGACAGAGUUGAUAAUUUAUCUUUAACAAUUGGUGAUAGUGCCUCUUUGACUCAGGAGUUACAUCGAUUAACUCCUCAGAAAUUCAAUAAUGAACAUGCAAUAGUUUCAUUGUCAGCUGGAGUCAUGGUUUGUGUUAAACCUAGAUAUAUGCAGAAAAAUGGAUCUAGAGUAGUCAAAAUUUUCAAAAUUGGUUGUAAUGACUCUACGCGUCGUUUAUUUCAAGCAUUUCCUGGACCUCUAGUGCGUGGAAUCACGCAUAAGAAAACCAUCAUUGAAUUUUGUGAAGAUCAAAUACGCUUGGGACCACCAUCUUUGCAAAAAAUUCACUCUAGACAAAAUUCUAUGUCAAGUCUUAAUUCCCUUAGUCAAUCGAACAAAGCGUCUUUCGUAUUGAUGUACAAUUUACUUAUUUUGUUGUUAAGACAGAACGGGGUUGUUAUUGGAACAGAUAUAGCAGAGUUGUUGAUUAGAAAUCAAAAAGAGUUUCCAUACGAAAAUGAUGUUCGUUAUACAAGAAAAUCUCUUUAUAAAGAAAAUUCAAAUGAUUUCCAUAAAGAAGAGAGUUUGGAUGAUGAAAAUCCUAAUGAAUUUAGUAAAAGCGAAAUAGAUACUGAUACCGACAAUCAGGAAAACUCUGGGGAUAAUGAAGAUAGUUUAAUUAAAAAAGUUAAAAACUUAAAAUUAAAUUCAACUAAACAUGGUAAACGUCAUGUAAGCGAAGAUGAAGUAACAGAUAAAUUUCGAAAUUAUUUACUAUAUGGGAAUAUAAAUGAGGCUUUAGAAUGGGCCACAGAUAAUAAUUUAUGGGGCCAUGCCCUAUUUUUGGCAUCAAAAGUUGAUCGUCGUUUAUAUGCGAAUGUUAUGAUGAAGUUCGCCAAUAAAUUACCAUUAAACGAUCCGUUACAAACUUUGUAUCAAUUAAUGAGCUAUAAAACACCGGCAAGUGUAACAAGUGUUCUAGACGAAAAAUGGGGUGAUUGGCGACCGCAUUUAGCAAUGAUUUUAUCAAAUACCUCACAAAGACCUGAUCUGGAUCGAAGAGCUAUUACAACAUUAGGCGACUCGUUAUAUAAUAGAGGAGAUCACUUUGCAGCGCAUUUUUGCUUUUUGAUGGCUCAAGUUGGCUUUGGUACUUAUAAUGAUGCUGCCAAGCAACAUGAGACGUCGUAUAUGUUAAAUUCACAAAACGCUGUCAGGUUGAUUCUUCUGGGCUCACCCUUCAACAAAAACUUCAGAGAAUUUGCUUAUAACGAGGCAAUCAUGAUGACAGAGAUUUAUGAAUAUGCUUGUUCAUUAAACGAUGAUAAAUUUUCGAUUCCAGAGUUUCAGCCUUAUAAAUAUUUAUUAGCUACGCGCAUGUUGGAUUAUGGUUUCCAAAUGAAGACUUUAAUGUAUAUGGAACAAGUUUCACUACAUAUACAACUUGAUCCAUCUCGAUAUGAAAUGUCAUUUAUAUCAAAAAUUUGUGAUUUUUCUGAUAGAUUAAAAUUUUAUGAUCCAACCAUAGAAAAAACGCUGGAUAAUUUAGACCCAAAUGACCCUAAAUUUGCAGAAAUCAUUGAUCAAUUUGAAAAUCAAAAAUGGUUGCAAAACUUACAAAAUAUUUUAGGAAGUUAUAAGCCUGAUGUAGUUGCCUAUAGGCACCAAGAUAGUUUCGAUGGAAGUUCAACUUAUAGUAAUUACGAAUUAAAUGUUCAAAAUCAACCACCCCAAUAUGAUCAACAAAGUGAAAACAUUAAUGAUCAAUUUCGAGCUAUUAAUCAGCAGUUCUAUGAAUUAAAUUCUCAAUACAAUAAUAUUCCCAGUUAUUCAGUAGAUUCAUCCAAUAAUCAACAACAAUUAAAACAAGAGCCAGCUCAAAAUUUGAAUAUGGUGAGUCUUAAUUCAACAAUAGGCGCCGAAUAUCAGCAACAACAAAUUGAAUCCUCUCAAUUUUAUGAUCCAAGUAAAAUGCAACAAAAUCAAGAAAAUAAUGUAGUUGACAAUAAUAGUUUGCAAAAUGUACAAUUACAAUAUCAGCAACAGCCACAGCAACAAAAUGCACAACAAUUGCAACAGAUACCACCACAGCAACAAGAAAUACAGCAUCAGCAACAACCUCAAAUAAAUCAAAAUAUUAACUUAUAUGGAGUACAAGAUACAAACCAAUUAAGUAUCCAAUCGCAGCAACAAAAUCUUAUGAAUAAUCAAAAUGGAUAUGAUUAUAACGCUUGGAAUCAGUCAAAUGAACAAGGAAAUGAUGAGCUAAAGGAUUCUAUAUCUAAAAAUAUUGCACCUGUAAUUGAGACCGUUAAAAUUAAUCCCAUAAAAAAAUCAACUGCUAAAGAUAUUAUAGAGUCUGUAAAAGAUAAAGUUGUAACAAAUAAUUUUGAUCAGCGUAACUAUGAUUUUGAUCAAAAUCAAAAACUUUCAUGUAGCGAAAUAUUAGCAAUUAAAAAAUCAAUUGAUAAUAAAUUUCGAAACGAUAUCGGUGCAAUUAAUUCAGGAACUAAUAGCAAAUUAAUUUCAAAAGUUAAUUUAACAAAACCUUCUUCGGUACAACAACAACCAAAAGACCGUGAUAACAAAAUAAAAAAAAGUUCAUUACAAUCAACAAUUACCAGUAAAAAUGUUAUGCAAUUAAAACAACAUGGCCUUAAAGAAAGUCAACAAUUAUUACAAAAACAGCAGCAUCAAGAAUCUCAAUCCGUACCGCAACAAUUCAAAUUGCAACAGCAGUCUGUAAAAGAAGAUGUUGCAAGGCCAUCAAUAUCAUUGCCAAACGCUAAAGCAAAUCAAAAUUCAAAAAGUUAUUAUGAAGAUGAUAUUGGGAGUAGUAGUGGUGCACCAAAAUCAAGUGAUUUAAAUAAACCAGACAAUAAUAAAGCAAAAGACGAAAGAAAAUCUACAAAUGUAAAAAAGGAUCCAAAAUUACAAAAUAAAAGUUUAAAUAAUUCUUCACAAAAUUCUGGUUGGUUUGAAGGUAUUUGGAGUAAAUUAUCAUUAAAACCAAAAAAUCAAAUGAUAUUACCUGAUGACAAAAAUCCGACAAUCGUUUGGGAUCCAGAAAAGAAGCGUUGGGUAAAUACCGAAGGUGAUGAAACUGAAUCAGAAAGUUUUAAACCUCCACCAAAAAUGUCUGAUUUAAGAACAUCAACGAUGCCAAUAUCUAGCGGUAAUACAUUUAAUACACCAGAACAACAACGGCUUCAACAGCCACAGUCACAAUUGCAACAACAACAACAACAAUAUCCCCAAUUGCAACCCCAACAGCAACAACAACAAUUUCAACAACUUCAACAACCCCAACAAUAUUCUAAUUAUGAUCAAAUGCAAUAUAGUCCAUCAACUUCACCAUACCAAGAACAACAACAAGAACAACAACAAAUUCAACAGCCCAUAAAUGAAAAUUUAUCUGUUAAUAAUUUAUCAAAUGAUAAUAAUUCUGUUGUUCAACAAAAUGUAAAUGUUAAAGCAAAUCAGGCUGGUGAAACAAACAAAGUUCCUAAUUUGCAAUCGAAUAUGUUUAAAAUGCAACGUAAUAGAACAUUAAAAAAAUCAUAUGUUGAUGUAUUUAAUCCAUCAGGUGCUCCCCCACCAAAACCAGCUGAACCUAUUUUAGCACCAGUUAUACCUAUAGCUGUACCUCAAAGUGGUUUCUUUAUUCCAGCUCCAGUUGAUGUUGACAAUGAUAAUCAAUCACAAGAGGGAGGUGUACCACAGUUCUAUAAUCCAAAUCAAUUUGGUGGUCAUCAACAACAGUAGAUAAAUUUAAAAAAAAAAAAUUUAUAUAUAUUUAAAUAAAAAAUUUGAAAAUUUAAAAUAAAUAGAAAAAGAAAACUAAUAAAUAUUUAAGUUAUAUAAUUAAUUAAAAAGAAAAAUUUCAUGUGUGUUUGUCUUUUGUUUUGUUAUUUCCUUAUUUUAGUUAUUGUAUUCAUUAUCUAUCAAUUCAAAAUUAAAAGUAUGAAUAGGCUGUUAUAACAUAAAAGAAAAAUAGAAAAAAAAAAACAAAAUUAAAAAAAAAGAAACCGAAUAAAUAAUUGUUAUAGAAUAUUUAAGUUGUUAUACAUGAAUAAUGCUUAAAUAUACAUUAUGUAUAAAAAAUACUAUUACUACAUAUUACCUACAUAUUAUUAUGAUUUAAAAUUUUGUCAAAAAACAGUAUAAAAUGUUUUAUGUUUCCUUGUAUUCCUUAUGUGAUUAAAAAAUA